AUGUGUGUUUAUGUUGAAUUUGCCAAACUCAUCCGCAUUACCGAGAAAAUGAUUCGUCAAGGUCAAUGGGUGGUGUGCACAGACACAACAUACGAUGAGAUGAAAUCAUCGGCCGACGCACGGCGAGAAGAAGACGUAUACCUGGCACCAAGCGACUAUCACCUUUCCAAGGAUAUGCGAAAUUUUCUUGAUGGCACAAAACUGACCUCAACAGAGGCUUGUGAAACUGAGGCAAUGAUUCGAAACAAUCUUCUUCUGGCUGUGCUUCUUAUGUUCGCACUUACCCACAUCACUUCCGCCCAAUGGGGCUAUCCUGGCUACGGCUACGGAGGGGGUUACGGCGGCUAUGGAGGCGGUUACGGAGGCGGUUACGGAAUGAUGAUGAGUCCAUGGCGACGUUAUGGCAUGUACGGUAUGGGUUAUCCGGGAAUGGGUAUGGGAAUGGGAAUGGGCAUGAUGCCAUAUGGAAUGUACGGAAAAUAA